AUGACACUCGGAGGAGCCUGGAGCCUGUUCCAUUAUCUUGAAGGCUUCCGUGGUGGUGGUCUUAGUCGCCAUGAUACCCGCGAUCGGGAUGAAGCUGAACUUCACAAUAUAGAGCACAGCCACUUCCACAACUUGCCUGCAGAACUACUUUGGAUCAUCCACGAGUUCCUGAAGCCUGAAGAUUCAUUUGCACUAUCACUCACUUGUGCUCGGUUCUAUUAUUCUGGCAUCCUUGAAGGUGUUCAACGUGACCUAAGGUCAACCAAGCUGGGGCAUUUUAUCACUCUGUGCAUGUUCGAAGGUGUCGGAGAGCUAAAAGAGUUCUGCUGCCGGGGGUGUCUCACUACCCAUCCCGCCUCAGAUUUCUCAAUGGAUGAGCUAGAAAAACGUCAUGCGGAGCGCUAUUGUCUGAGAACAAAAAAGGUCUUUAAGUUUACUGAUAGAGAGUACAGCUUUGCUGAUAUUAAACGGAUAAGGGAUGGAACACAAUCGGAAAGCAGCAAUACUCCAACACCUCAAGGAAACGCCUUCACAAAGUUAUUUUCUUCGCCUGAGAUGACGAUAGUAAGCAAGGUGCAACUAUUUCCUUACAACAAGCCGGUUUCCAAAGCUCAAUUUGAAGACCUAUGCAAGAAACUAAACUACGCUGUCUGUAAUCAUAUGAUGCUAGGUGACAAAUGUAUCACGGAUAUGUUCUUCCCCGAGUGCUUUCUUAAGGAAACCGGCAGCUCCCUUGAAGAGUUGCAGAAGUCGAGGCCGGAUAAACAAUUUCACAAGUGUAAGGAGUGCAACACGACGGUGGCUAUAACCGUUGGAUUAUGUCCUAGAGCUUGUUGCUAUGAGACUUGUUCCGCCAUCGUCAUGAGACGAGUCGGUAGGCUUCUUUCUCCUCUGGAGCCUGAAUGGAUAGCCCAGGCCACUUCUUCUGCUGGAACCCCUGCCGACCAUAAAUUAGCGAUAGAAGCAAACAAAUGGUACAAGAGACAUUGGGUGACAGAUGGGGGCCAUGGCGCUGAGAUAGAUUGUCCUCCGCUAAACGAUGAUGCCCUGUUUGCCCCCAUCACCCUACAUAGAUCUUCAUGGAUGGCGAGGCUGGGUGUAAAGGCUUGGUCGUUUGCAUGUUCGUGGGUCCCGGAAGACAUCCAUAGGAAAUAUGGCGAGAAAAAUGGCGAGAAACACGAGAUGAACUUCGCUGGUCGGUAUCGUAGGAUUAACAAGGCGUUGGGAUUCCCUAAAUCUGACUGA